AUGAGCAACUCUGAGCUCACAUUCCUCUGCAAGGCUGCCGGUCGUAUGGACGCCAAGAAUGUAGGGCGCCCCACCCUGCAAAACAACCCUUCCCGCAGUGUGGUGCCAGCUUUCGGCGCGAGCGGACGUACGCCACGUGUGGUGCGCAUAGGCGGUUACCCGACCUUCGGCAACUUGCCAUACCACCCCCAAUGCGGACGCGGUCGGAGACCCGGCGCGAGGAAGGGUCUGCUGCUAGGUUCGCUGGUCGCCAUUCCGUUCCUGCGUUCAUCAAGGUCCCGCCUUCGGGACUCUGGUGACGCGCCCAACGCGCCGAGAGGCUGCUUCGCUUUCAAGUCCACCGGGCCGUACCGAGUGAAGGUAACGCGUGUGCGC